UCUUUCCUCAACAGCCUAUGGUUUUGUUGGUUUUGUCCCAGUCCACCAUUGAAACUGUCGUCUAAUUUCAGCUGUACAGCUAGCUACCUUACCUACCUAGCUGGUAGUUCAUCUCUCCCUGCCAGAGGUACUCCAACUGUCCACCAACAGGCGGUCACAUCACAACUUUUCCCCAACCGGGUCUUGUCGUUUCAUAAUAUCGCCAUUUAAGUCACCUGCUACGACUCUUGACUUUGAAUUAUAACAGGCUUUCUACUCUGUUUUCCUCAUUUUUUUUGUUCAACCCUACGUUUUGCACAUCUACCGAUCAAUCAUCCUCGGCUAAUCCAAGAUUAUCAUCGUUGUUUCCCAUACCGCCUUUUCAUCAUGGCAACCAGCAGUGGCAGUGCGGCAUCUGGUGCCACCAACGACCAGAUCAUGGAAGCCCUCAAGAAAAUGCAAGAGGAACAAAGCCGUCUUAUGUCUAUGCUGUCUCAGGGUGACCGUCAAAGCCUGCUGUCGUCGAGCGGUGCUGCCGGAUCAGGUCUCGAUGUGUCCGAGAGUGGUCUUACCGCUAGUCCGGGACUGACCGGUACUUCUUCGGCCAUGCCGGCGGAUGAGACCACCGAACGUGAUGGCGCCUCACCCUCAACUUCAGGCACAAAGUCUAACUUUACCUCUCGUAUUGUGCUGACCACGUACCCGAAACAAAUCGGCAUCAACCCCUUGCCCAUGAAAUGGGGAGCCCCCGAUGCUGUCCAGAGAGGACCAGUUGUUGUCCAGAGAGGGCCAAGCACGAUCCGUAGACGUAAUGCUAUCGGAGCUCAUGGUGGAGGCUACUCUGUAUACUACGCGCUGGCUCUUGCGAGCCAAGAGCUCAAGGCAGACCACAGGCCUGACUUUACCAACACUGAGCCUGCCGCCGAGAUUGGGCCGUUUCCUCAAUGGGGAGACCCAAAGAAAAUCGUGGCAAUGGAUCCCUGGGGUCAUAUUGCGCCGUUCCUGUUCAAGGACGUUAUCAACAAAGAAAACGUCGAUAUUCGGCCAACUAUCGCAAUAACGAAAGCGCACAUGAAGGUAUUAUCAAUCAACAACAACCCCCCCCCCCCCUCAGUCGAGAAAACAGGUAUCAAAAUUGCAGUUUCAUUGACGCCAAGAAAGCUUCCCGAGUUGGAGGAGAGCGUUCGCAGUGGCAGAUUAGUCCCGGAUGGCAAGGUCUGUAUAAAUGCUCAGGGAGAGCUUGCAGUUACCAAGUUUGCCGUUGAACCUGUGUGGUAUCUCCCCGGUGUUGCAGAGCGCUUUGGUCUAGACGAGGGAACUUUGAGGCGUUCCUUGUUUGAACACACCGGCGGCAGCUAUCCUGAGCUUAUCACACGAGGCGACAUCAAGGUUUUCCUGCCCCCGAUUGGUGGACUUACCGUUUAUUGCUUCGGAGAUCCUGCCAAGAUGUCAGACCCGAACUCCCGGCUGGCGCUUCGGAUUCACGAUGAGUGCAACGGGAGCGAUGUGUUUGGCUCAGAUAUCUGUACUUGCAGACCUUACCUCAUCUUCGGCAUUGAAGAGGCAGUAAAAGAGGCACAGAAUGGAGGCAGUGGUGUCGUCAUCUACUUCCGCAAAGAAGGGAGAGCUUUGGGAGAAGUCACAAAGUAUCUUGUGUACAACGCACGGAAGCGUGGUGAAGAUAGGGCUUCGGAUUACUUCAAGAGGACCGAAAACGUAGCCGGAGUCAAGGAUAUGCGUUUCCAGGCUCUCAUGCCGGACAUCUUGCACUGGUUGGGCAUCACAAAAAUCGACAGGAUGCUCAGCAUGAGCAACAUGAAGCACGAUGCCAUUGUUGGGCAGGGAAUCCCCAUCCACGAAAGAGUUGAGCUUCCCGAGUCCUGGAUCCCGGCAGACUCCCGUGUUGAGAUUGACGCAAAGAUCACAGCUGGUAGGACAGAACCACACGUUAUCAACCAACAAAUAAGCACACAUCUGACAAAGCACACGUGUUCCAGGAUACUUUACAACCGGGCACCGCAUGACGGAAUCGGAGCUCGCUUCUGUACAGGGCAGACUGUGGGAAGAUGUCGACCACUGAUUGGAAAGUGGGCAUCCGGGAACAAGUCCCGGAAAGCACAAGCUGAGUGCUGAAAGCUUCAAAGGCCGCUGAACUUUGUCUAGUUCUAGUCUCGUCAACCACAGUCAAUAAAGAAUUUCAGCUCAUA